AGCUGGGCGAGUGACAGCCCGCUCCGCGCGCCGCGGCCGCCACAGCCGGCGCAGGGGAAGCGCCCGCGGCCCCGGGCGGCAGCGGCGGCCGCCUCCUCCCGCGCCUCCCGGCCCGCAGCCCGCGGCCCCGCGGCCCUGGGGCCGACACCUCUCGGGCUCCCGCUCCCCGCGCGCAAGAUGGCUGACCCGGCUGCGGGGCCGCCGCCGAGCGAAGGCGCGGAGAGCACCGUGCGCUUCGCCCGCAAAGGCGCCCUCCGGCAGAAGAACGUGCACGAGGUGAAGAACCACAAAUUCACCGCCCGCUUCUUCAAGCAGCCCACCUUCUGCAGCCACUGCACCGACUUCAUCUGGGGCUUCGGGAAGCAAGGAUUCCAGUGCCAAGUCUGCUGUUUUGUUGUGCACAAGCGCUGCCAUGAAUUUGUCACUUUCUCCUGCCCAGGCGCUGACAAGGGCCCAGCCUCUGAUGACCCCCGGAGCAAACACAAGUUUAAGAUCCACACAUACUCCAGCCCCACGUUUUGUGACCACUGUGGAUCUCUGCUGUACGGACUCAUCCACCAGGGGAUGAAAUGUGACACCUGCAUGAUGAACGUCCACAAGCGCUGCGUGAUGAACGUCCCCAGCCUCUGCGGCACCGACCACACGGAGCGACGUGGCCGCAUCUACAUCCAGGCCCACAUCGAGAGGGAGGUGCUCAUCGUGGUCGUAAGAGAUGCUAAGAACCUUGUACCUAUGGACCCCAAUGGUUUGUCAGAUCCCUACGUGAAACUGAAACUGAUUCCUGAUCCCAAAAGUGAGAGCAAGCAGAAGACCAAGACCAUCAAGUGCUCCCUCAACCCUGAAUGGAAUGAAACAUUUAGAUUCCAGCUGAAAGAAUCCGACAAAGACAGAAGACUGUCUGUAGAGAUUUGGGACUGGGAUCUGACCAGCAGGAAUGACUUUAUGGGGUCUUUGUCAUUUGGGAUUUCCGAACUGCAGAAAGCUGGUGUUGAUGGCUGGUUUAAGUUACUGAGCCAGGAGGAAGGUGAGUACUUCAAUGUGCCUGUGCCACCAGAAGGAGGUGAGGGCAAUGAAGAACUGCGGCAGAAAUUUGAGAGGGCCAAGAUCAGUCAGGGGACUAAGGCUCCAGAAGAAAAGACAAUCAACACCAUAUCCAAGCUUGACAACAACGGGAACAGGGACCGGAUGAAACUGACUGACUUUAACUUCCUGAUGGUGCUUGGGAAAGGCAGCUUUGGCAAGGUCAUGCUCUCAGAGCGCAAGGGCACAGAUGAGCUAUAUGCUGUGAAGAUCCUGAAGAAGGAUGUCGUGAUCCAGGAUGACGACGUGGAAUGCACGAUGGUGGAGAAGAGGGUGCUGGCCCUGCCCGGGAAGCCGCCAUUCCUGACCCAGCUCCAUUCCUGCUUCCAGACCAUGGACCGCCUGUACUUUGUGAUGGAGUACGUGAAUGGGGGUGACCUCAUGUACCACAUCCAACAAGUUGGCCGGUUUAAGGAGCCUCAUGCCGUAUUUUACGCUGCAGAAAUCGCCAUUGGUCUGUUCUUCCUGCAGAGCAAGGGCAUCAUUUACCGUGACCUUAAACUUGACAAUGUGAUGCUGGAUUCAGAGGGCCACAUCAAGAUUGCAGAUUUUGGUAUGUGUAAGGAAAACAUCUGGGACGGGGUGACAACCAAGACAUUCUGCGGCACUCCGGACUACAUUGCCCCUGAGAUAAUUGCUUAUCAGCCCUAUGGGAAGUCCGUGGACUGGUGGGCAUUUGGAGUCCUGCUGUAUGAAAUGUUGGCUGGACAGGCACCCUUUGAAGGGGAGGAUGAGGAUGAACUCUUCCAGUCCAUCAUGGAACACAACGUGGCUUAUCCAAAGUCCAUGUCCAAGGAAGCUGUGGCCAUCUGCAAAGGGCUGAUGACAAAACAUCCAGGCAAACGUCUGGGCUGUGGGCCUGAAGGCGAACGUGACAUCAAAGAGCAUGCGUUUUUCCGGUAUAUUGAUUGGGAGAAACUUGAACGCAAAGAGAUUCAGCCCCCGUAUAAGCCAAAAGCCUGUGGGCGAAAUGCUGAAAACUUCGACCGGUUUUUCACCCGCCAUCCACCAGUCCUAACACCUCCUGACCAGGAAGUCAUCAGGAAUAUUGACCAAUCAGAAUUCGAAGGAUUUUCCUUUGUUAACUCUGAAUUUUUAAAAGCUGAAGUCAAGAGCUAAGUAGCUGUGUAGAUCUCCGUCCUUCAUUUCUGUCAUUCAAGCUCAACGGCUGUCGUGGUGACAUUUUUUUGUUUUCAUUGCAAAGUUGCAUCCAUGUUUUAUUUGCUGAUGAGAUUAGAGUGACCGUGUUUCAGAGCCCAGAUGUCCUCAGGUAGCUCGGAGCAUCUCUAUGAGAGGGACUUAUGCAGCUGACAUGUGCAAAGUGAUGCUGCAUAAUCAACACAUUAUCAAAUUCCUCUUACAAUUUAUUUUCUCCAGCAUGUCAGCUAAGUAGUUCCAGUGGGGACAGAAAAAUACCUGCUUUCUUUCCCUUUUUCCCUGCACUGCCAUUUUCACGCAUUUUCCAACUCCAACCAUCCAAUCUAGAUUCUUCCUACCAAAUGAGUGGAUAAUUGGAGGCUAGCAGUAUUCUUCUACUUCAGGACCUGGAGCCUGGCCUUGCAUCUACAUUGAUGGUUCCUCUGAUUUUGAGGGAAUUCCUCCACUCAGCUUGGUUUGGAGGCACCAAGAGCUUUGAAAAGAAUCUGCUAAAAAAUACAUUUUUAUUGGUUAUUUUUUGAAAUUCCAAGUUAAGAAGAUUAUCUCAGCCCUUAUAAAAUCCCAAGAGUGUGCUUAUAGAUGGUUUCAAUCUAAAAGCACCUCAAGGGGUCAAAAGGCAACCAGGUUGGGUGCUACCUCAAUGCUGUAAUUUCUGAGACUUUAUGUCCCUGACCACCUUCCUCCCCCAGCUGCUUUAAAAGGGCAUUUGGUACUGCUCCCUGAAAAGAAAUGGUCACUCUAAGCAAGGUCCCAAAGGACCACGGUUUUACAUUACAUUUCAAACUUUAUUUGCUUUGGGAUUUUCUUUCUGUUGUUUUUCAAAUGCAAAAAAAAAAAAAGAAAGAAAGAAAAAGAAAAAAGAUUACUCACUUUGUUACACAUGCUUUGAAAUGUGUCCAGAUGUUUUACCCACGAUGACCUGCUUUGAUUUACCAAGAGGGCUCUGGAGCCUGGCAGACCCAUGCCUGUGUGGAUGGGAUUUGUCUGUCUGUUGCUGGCUGUGGAAAGCUAAUUAAGUGCUCUGAAAAAGACACCAUUUCGUGAAACAUAGGCAGUUGUAUUCUUCACUUUGAUGUUGUUUUGCAAGAUGUUUGUGGAAAUGUUCAUUUGUACCUGGAUAUCUGUUAUGUGCCAUUUUUCUUCUAGCAUCGAGACACAAUAAAAAAAAAAAAAAGGAAAGAAAAAAGAAGAAAUGCUAUUUCAAGGAAAACGG